GAACUGAAGAUGCAGCAUCAGCAGCAACUUUCUCGCUCACACGCGCGCACAAAGUCAACCUGAAUUCUUGCGGACGGUCCCAUCAUGCCAACUCUCUGAGGUUGUAAGAAAAAAGGACGGGACGGAAGCGUGUGUUUACAGCACUCAGACCGGAAUGAAAAGUCGCCAUGGAAGCUUGUCAAAACCGCAGACUAUGACAAAGGAGAUACGAACUGGACCGGACUAGCACGAGACCACCAGACACGAGAUUGACUCAAACUCCACUACAGCUGGUUAUGAUCCUGUGCACUCACGCACUUACACGAAAGGGGGCAAGAUGUUUGUGGAGUCUGUGGUUCGAUGGGCGGCGUGGGGCAUCCUGAUCCAGACGGGACUGGGCGUCACCGCAGGAGGUUGUCCUCCUCGCUGUUCGUGUCGGCCAGAAACGAAGGAAGUCAUCUGCUCCGGCAAACAUUUCACCUCCAUCCCAGACGGCUUUUCUGGCGAUGCGAGACGUGUGGAUUUAUCCUACAACAAGAUUCGGACCGUGGGACGCCGCCAGUUCUAUAACCUCCAUGAACUUCAAGAUCUGGACCUGAGUGAGAAUAUGAUCUCUAUGAUCGAGGUGGAAGCUUUCCAAGGACUCCAGAAUCUCAGGACGCUUCGGAUUAAGAACAAUCGACUGAAAAUCCUCCCUGUUGGAGUUUUCUCCGGCCUGUCCGAUCUACGGUUUUUGGAUCUGAGCCAGAAUGAGCUCCUCGUCUUCUUAGACUACACCUUCAGAGAAACGGUGAACCUGCAGACGCUGGAUGCCGACGAGAACGACUUGGUGUUUGUCUCGCAGCGAGCUUUUUACGGUCUGCAGAGUUUGCAGGAGCUCCACAUCGAUCGCAGUAAUUUGACUUCCAUUCCUACUGAGGCGCUGUCUCAGCUCCAGAGCCUCACGUAUCUCCGCAUGCUCCGACUGACCAUUUCCGCACUGCCCAACAACGCUUUCCGCCGCCUGCACCGGCUACGCACCCUCAUCUUGGCGAACUGGCCAUCAUUGGACACGGUGGCUAGCAACAGCCUGGUCGGACUCAACCUGACCGCUUUGGUCAUCAGCGGGUGCAACCUCAGCACGGUGCCGUACUCGGCUUUGCGGCACUUGGUUUACCUGCGCUUCCUGGAUCUGUCCUACAACCCAAUCACCGUUAUUCAAGGUAAUCUAUUGCGGGACCUUGUCAGACUCCAGGAGUUGCACUUAGCUGGGGGGAACCUGCUGCGGAUAGAUCCUGGAGCCUUCAAGGGCCUCGCCUCACUCCGCAUGCUCAACUUGACAUCCAACCAGCUCACCACUUUCGAGGAAAACACGUUGCAUUCGGUGGGGAACCUCCAGGUGCUGAGGUUAGACGGAAACCCUCUUUCCUGUGACUGCCGUCUGCUCUGGGUGGUCCGUCGGCGAUUACGCUUGAACUUUGACGGACGUCAGCCCACGUGCUCAUCCCCCGAGACGGUAAGGCAGCGAGAAUUUAGAGACUUUUCCGAAAAAGAGCUGCCAAGACUGUUCACUUGCCGGCCCGCUCGGAUCCUGGACCGUAGGCCCCAGGAGGCCAGAGUGGAGGACGGAACCACGGUUCUCUUCUCCUGCAAGGCCGAAGGGGAUCCCGCUCCAUCCAUUACCUGGAUCUCCUCCCACAAGAAUGUGGUUACGCCGGUGGGAAGAAUCAGAGUCCUACCCAACGGUACUCUAGAGGUGCGGUUUGCGCAGGUCCACGACAGCGGCAUCUAUCAGUGUCAGGCCAGCAACGCUGCUGGGAAUGACAGCAUAUCAGUUGGCCUCUAUGUGAAGGGAGGCUCGCGCAACCGGACCAUCCCGUUCUUCACCGAAGAGGACUGGUCGGAGCCUCCGAUCCCCCAAGCUACUAACUCUUCAGCCCAAAUGGCCAAGCCAUACCCCUUUGACGCAAAGACGCUGAUCAUCGCCACCACCAUGGGUUUCCUAUCCUUCCUCAGCUCGGUGGCCAUUUGCUUUAUUUUCAUGUUCUUCUGGAGCCAAAGCAAAGGCCAAAUCAAACACACAGCCACCAUCGACUUUGUUCCUCGCUCCUCCAUGGGUGGUGGAGGGGACGGCGGGGAUGGCAGCAGGUUCACCAUGAAACUUAUCUAAAGUCAACUGCUACUAUAGAAACAUUUUCAGAGACAGUUUCUUGGACUUCCUCCAACUUAAAAGCAGGGGUUCUCAAACUCAUUGACUGCCAUUGACAGUGCUAGGCUUAAGCUGUAAUAUUAUGGAAUUGGAAGUCAAAGUAAACUGAAAAAUUCUAUUCAAUUCACAAAAUAAGAUGUAUUAUCUGAGAAAAUACACAUUUUAAUCUAUUCAAAAAAGCACUUACCGUAUUGGCCCGAAUAUAAGACAGUGUUUUUUGCAUUGAAAUUAGACUGAAAAAGAGGGAGGUCGUCUUAUAUUUGGGCCAAUACAUGUAGUAUUGUAGUAUCCAGUAUAUGGUACUACAGGAUAAAGGCUGCCCUCUAAUGGCUAAGUCAGAACCUAGAGGCAACACAGGCACCAAUAAACCCAUGUGAUGUGUGUGCUUGCCUUCUUUUGGCAAAUUCUUAACCUACAGAAGGCUGCCCUCUACUGGUUUUGGCUUCUAACUCCAAUUCCGCAAUUAGUGAAUCAGCCCUGAUACAAAAAAUAAAAUAAAAAAUUAAGCUUCGAGGACCGGUGCGUAUACAUACACCCGUAGAAUAUACCUACCAAAUUUCAUUGUGAUCUGUCCACUAAUGAGAACGGAAUGACCCAAAAUGAUGGUGUGCACUAGGGCUGUCAUAAUUAUCGCGUUAACGGGCGGUAAUUAAUUUUUUAAAUUAAUCACGUUAAAAUAUUUGACGCAAUUAACGCACAUGCCCCGCUCAAACAGAUUAAAAUGACAGCAGAGUGUAACGUCUGCUUGUUACUUGUUUUUUGGUGUUUAGCGCCCUCUGCUGGCGCUUGGGUCCAACUGAUUGACAUCAAAAAUGGCGAGCUAUUAGUAUAUUUUUUGAUUGAAAAUUUUACAAAUUUUAAUAAAACGAAAACACUAAGAGGGGUUAUAAUUAGAGAUGUCGAUCGGGUCCGAUCACUUCAUUUUCAAAGUAUCGGAAUCGGCAAAAAAAUAUCGGCCAUGCCUUUUUUUAAUAUAUAAAUAUUUGUUAAUUAAAUCAUUUUCUAAUUGUAUUUAACGUUACAGACAUAAUAUGUUACACUUAUCCGGUCUUUAGUUUAGGCUUAAGGUAGGGUUAUCAAAUUUAUCCCAAUAACGGCGGUAAUUAUUUUUUUAAUAAAUGUAUCACAUUAAAAUAUUUAAAGCAUUUAAUGCAUGCGCUGCACGACCGACUCACGCAUUGUGACGCUCCAUCUGUAAUGGCGCCGUUUUGCCAAUAUAGAGAGCUAAAAGGCAGCGUAACAUGAGUAGCGUGAAUUUUGGCAGCAUUAGGAGCCUUAUUUUAAUUGGCUAAAGCCUUACAAUCCCUCUCCCUAUGAUUAGAAAUAUCAUAGGAAGCAAUGUAGGGAAUCAAGGUAGCAAUUGAUCUUUUUCUUGACACCUUGAAUUAUAUCUCAGCGCAGAGAAGAUAUAUGAAUUGGUAGCACUACCCACAGUCGUGGUUUCACUUGUCAUGGUUCCACUUCCCAUCAUGCAUUGGGCAUGGCCUUCAGUAUCAUUUACUGAAAGCUCAACAAAUACACUAGAUGGGAAUAUUUAGUCACAAUAUACAAAGUCACAAGUCUUUCUAUCCGUGGAUCCCUCUCACAGAAAGAAUGUUAAUAAUGUAAAUGCCAUCUUGAGGAUUUAUUGUCAUAAUAAAUACAUUACUUAUGUACUGUAUGUUGAAUGUAUAUAUUUGUCCGAGUUUUAGUCUUUUUUUUCUUAAUGCAUUGCCAAAAUGUAUAUGAUCGGGAAAAAUUAUCGGGAAUGAUUGGAAUUGAAUCGUGAGCAAAAAAAAAAACAAUCGGAUCGGGAAAUAUCGGGAUCGGCAGAUACUCCAACUAAAAUGAUUGGGAUCGGAUCGGGAGCAAAAAAACAUGAUCGGAACAACCCUAGUUUUAAUAUAACAUUUCUAUAACUUGUACUAACAUUUAUCUUUCUAUCCAUGGAUCGCUUUAAGAGAAUGUUAAUAAUGUUAAAGCCAUCUUGUUGAUUUAUUGUUAUAAUAAACAAAUACAGUACUUAUCUACUAUAUGUUGAAUGUAUAUUUCCGUCUUGUGUCUUUCCAUUCCAACAAUCAUUUACA